UAGAUUGUGAAAUCACACGAAGUGACGUCAGUGGGCAACGAGAGAGCGUGCGCCAGUUUUGUGCCUGUCUUCUGUUAUCACCAAGUGUGCUGAUACCUGUCACCGUCUUAGCUAUAUAAGCAGUGUCCUUCUUGUAAUAAACGCUUUUGUGUUCCGUGUCGUUGCGACUCACGCGUCCGUUCAUAACAGUGGCGACGAGGCACGGUCUAACCCGUGCGUGGGCCAGGGUUUUCCGGCAGCAUGGCAGCCGGUAGUCGCAUUCGAGAGUUCAACCUCAGUGAAAACUCGUCGUGGGUGGAGUAUGUCGAGCGCAUUGAGUUGUAUUGUGCAGCGAGCAAGCUCACAACGGAUGAGGACAAGCGAGCGGUGUUGCUCAGCUGCUGUGGCCCAGAGACGUACUCCCUCAUAGCCACUCUCGUGAAGCCGUCGCGACCGCCAAACGUGGACUACCAAGUCAUCGUUGAUGCAGUAAAGAAGCACGUCAACCCGAAGCCAUCUGAACUAUACGCGAGCACUCUACGCCACACUCCGAAACCGGCAAAUCACCUGCAGAAGUCAUGCUGGGUCGGAACUUCAGGACGGCCAUAUCGACCCUUCAACGGGACGAGAGCGAAGCAAGAUGCCUGCUGCCGCCUCCACAACGUGGGUUCCUGCCGGGUGAUACUGUGUACGCGAGAAACUUCCGGCCCGGCCCCGAGUGGGUUCCUGGUCGUGUGUUGCGACGUUUGGGCCACGUCAUGUACGAGCUGCGGACUGCAGACGGUACUGUGCACCGACGCCACCGGGACCACGUGCGCCGAGCAUGGCACGAUGAGCCCGGAGGCCAUGAAACGUCGCCCUCUUUUGCGCUCCCGGAUACACCAGGCCCCACCCUGGGACCUGUCGGGCCUGAGACGCCGCAGCCUCUCAGGCGUUCCACUCGCCAACGCCGCCCAGUGCGACGUUACGGCAUCGAUGACUAAGGGGGAAGGGAUGUGAUAGAUUGUGAAAUCACACGAAGUGACGUCAGUGGGCAACGAGAGAGCGUGCGCCAGUUUUGUGCCUGUCUUCUGUUAUCACCAAGUGUGCUGAUACCUGUCACCGUCUUAGCUAUAUAAGCAGUGUCCUUCUUGUAAUAAACGCUUUUGUGUUCCGUGUCGU